AUGGAAAAUAACAACAACAACAACAACAACAAUCAAGUUCCCAUCUGGGACUUCCUACAAUCACUUAAUCCGCACGGGGCUGGAAGAGGUGGCGUCGGCAUUGAUCAUGCCAACUUCGGUCCUCAGUUUCAUUCGGGAUUCCCAUUUGACCCCGCCCAAUUCAACCCCUGGAUGGCUCACGGUUGGGGCCGCUGGGGUAACCACGGAGGACAUGGCAGGGGCGGCCACCAACAAUAUCGAGAUGCACCUGAGACCGGCAGGGAAGAAGACCGCGGCGACACUGAAACGGAGAGUUCUCCCGAAACCUUGAGGCAUACGCCGGACGAGUCAGUUACUAGCGAGGUUCCACAUCCUCCACCACAUGGAGCCUUGCCUCAUCAUCCUCCACCGCCUCCCGGAGCAUUCCCGCACCCCCACGGUCCGCCGCCGGGUGCCCCGAACCACCACGGUCAUCCGCAUCCAUUCGGCCCCCGCCGAGGACGAGGAGGUCGAUGUGGACGCGGCGGCAGGCGUGGACCGCAUACAGCACCGGCCUAUAACGGCCCAUGGGACUUCCGUCCAUUGAUGCACGCUUUUGCCGCUCAUCCAUUCGCGGAGGCUUUUAGAGAGUACAUGGACCAAGUUCGCAAUGGUACCUCUGGCGAAUCGAAUGAGCACCAAGACGAUGCAUUCGUCCCGCCUAUCGACGUCUUCAACACCGAGAGAGCAUACGUACUUCAUGUAUCACUACCAGGAGCGCUGAAGGAAGACAUCGGAGUGAACUGGGACGGCGAGAAAAUCAACAUUGCUGGGGUUGUAUAUCGUCCGGGCAAUGAAGAGUUCCUCCAGACCUUGGCUUCGAGCGAAAGGAAGGUUGGUAUGUUUGAGAGAAGCAUCAAGCUACCACCUCCCGGAAGUGACGAGAAAGAGGAUAUCGACGGUCUCGGCAUCACCGCGAAAAUGGAGAACGGUAUUCUCAUCGUUACCAUCCCCAAGACCGAGAAGGAGUGGACAGAGAUCCACAAGGUUGAUAUCGAGUAA